AUGACGCCCCAAACGGCAGCUGAUGCGCAGAGUCGCCAGUACAUGCGGGCUCGCGGCAGUGGUGGCGACACACAAAGCUCGGACCAACAGGCCAAGAAACAAACUCAGAACCGCUUUGUGCACCAUCGUGAACGCCCCGAGGUACGAGGAGACGGUUUCCAGUCCGGAGAUCACAAACAUGAAGCUUCAGGCACGUUCCCGAACACGACUGCCACCACCGCAGACUACCAGCCCUUCAGCAUUGCGGGUGCGAUCGCUCCGCAGACAUGCUCCACGGACCACGACAUGAUUUCUCAAUGGCAGCAGGCUAUGGUCGGCGCAGGUGUCGACGGCUACGUCUACCCCCCCGGUACAUUAGGGGAGGAACAUGCAGGCCCAUACAUGAACCUGGAGAGCGGCCCCCUCGUGAGCAACAGCGGCGGUUGGGACGGCCGGAGUGACUUGGGCCACGACGCCGACAAGUAUUUCGGUCUAUUUACCGACAACGUUGCCCACAAACAACGCCUGGGAGGAUACGUCGACCCGACUCCCAACGGGCCCAUGCAAGGCUACCCCAACCAGGGAAUGGGGCUCGACUACAUUUCUGCAUCGUCGUCGAUGAUUUUUGACGCACACGCAAUGGCGAAUGCGUACAAGACCACAACGAACGCAUCGGGUGAGUACUACUUUGGCGGCGCCUUUGGUGGAGGGUUUCCCACGGAUAUGACUGCGUCGGACCGUGUGGCGCCUCCCGGAAUGCGGCCGUCACUGAACGGAGCCACGCCCCCAGCGCCAGCAUCUCGGCAGGCUGGAUCUCAGCCGCCUCCCGCCGUCCAGUCUGCCUCGACCGGAGACGACUCGUCGCAGAGCAGACCCAGCCAGGUGGCAUCACUGGAAAGUCGCAUGGCAUACAUCCUCCAACAAGCCGCGCUGGUGGGCUUCAAGAACCUCGACGCGCUGGCGGCCGAGUACUACACGGCGAAUUUCCGCAAGACGUCGGCGCUCUUCAGCGACCAGACUCUGAGCCGGAUCCGACGCUUGCCCGAGCUCAUCGCCACCAUCCAGCGGGCCGCCAAAGAAUGGACCGAGUGGGAGCAGAAAGGAUAUCAAGAGGAGAUCGUCAAGGGUGCGGAGGAGUUGCUCCUGGCCGAGUGGAUGGCGUUCAAGAAUUGCCCGCGGUUCUCCGAGUGGAUGGAGUUGGUAAGCAAGCCGAACAAUUCCACGGAGGAGACAGUCAAGGUCAAACAGAUCCUGCAAGACGAGGCGCCCAACCUUUGGGGGCUGAACAGUAGUCUGCUAGGGACAGGAAUCAACCCACAUCGGAACAAUCAGGUCAGAGCCACUCUGAACACGAUUAAGCCGCUGGUUGGGAUUGUCUAA